AUGACAGAAGAAGAAGCACCGACUAGCUACGAAAGAGGGAAGUUGCCAAAGACGAUAAUUGACAAAUGGGUCGCCAUGUCUUUCCGAGUCUUCACGUUGGUGGAACCUUUCUGCGAGACGGCCGAGAUUCUUUCAGAAGUUUGAUGAGCACCGACGAACCGCAAAUGAUGGUUAGCGUUCCCCAGCUCAUCUCCACCAUGGCCUUCCUUCUUGGGAACUGCGACUUUGACGUGAGAAAAUCUUUGUCAAAAAUAACAAUUAAUUGGAAGUGUUCAUUUAACUUCCAAUGAGAUGAAUGAAGGCCUGGAGGUGGCAAUGAAUGUGGCUUAGAUAAAGAAAUCGUGUAGCUUGUAUACCAUCUAAUUCAAGAGUUGAAACAAGGGGGAAGUUUUAAUUUACGGUUGGGAGUUUCCUGGGAAUUGGUCAGAACAUUUCUAAAUUCAACCAAAACUAGGUUCUGAAAGUAUCAACCUGCACAACUUUCUAGUUUUUGAGAAAUAGAGGCUCAAAGCCUCGAAACGGCCUAUUUUACAGGUUUUUGAGGUUUUUUUUCGACUUUGAGUCCUCAUUUCAUGAAAACCAAGAAGUUGUGCAGGUUGAGACUUUUAGAAUCUUCGUCUGGCAUCUCAAGGAGUUUUCUCGCCAAUUUUUGAGAAUUUCUCCACCACAAAGUGAAACGACUUUCCUUGUAAGAUUGAAAAGACAAAAACCUCCCCUCUCCGCUCUUUCAAACACUUCAGCAAGAGCUUUUCAACAAAUUACAAUCUUAACUUUUGUUUUACGGUUCCUUUCUGGCGCUUAGCGAAUAGAACUACUUACAGCGAACGAAAGGUCUCCGAGAUGAGUUCACAGACGCUUUCCACAAACCGAUAACGUGUAUUCAGGUACGCCGUCGUCGGAAUUACUUGGAAAGCCAAAACUUCCUUUGCAGACAAAGGAGCUGGUCGAGUCAACGUGCGAGUUCCUGAAGCGCUGGAACUAUUCGCUGAUGCUCAGUUCGCGGCCCGGUCAUGUUCUCAACGUCCAGCGGGCCAUGGUUCAUCCAGAAUUCACUAAAACCUACUCCUACCACACGAUGAAGGUGAUUGGAAGAUUAAAUCUUAAAAAAUUUUUUCCUUAGAAUCUGGGCCAAUUCGAAGUUGAAUUGAAUAUUUUCGAUGGCGUCCGGGAAGUCAACGAUUGGCUUGCGCGAUUCAUUAAAGUUGGUUCAUGUUCCUUUGCAAAGUGAAAUAAACAUUGAAGCCUUGAACUUCAGAUAAAAUUCCGAGAUCGGGGAUUUUUCCAACUUUGGCGCGACGAUUCCAUAGUAAGUCGAGGGCGUGCAUACACCAAGAAGAAGCAACAGUUCAUGAACGUUAGCAAAGAAAACGAUUAUCUUCCAAUGAAUUCCAAUUUCAGACAUUAAAGACUACGGUUGAGGAGGCGAAUGCCUCAGAUUCGACCUACGAAAUGAAAGUCCCUGUUCUUUGUUGGGCCAGCCACGCUAUUGUAAAUCUUUUUUUUUUCUUUUGCGGCAUUUCUUAAGAAAACUUUCAGGUUGCAAUCCCACCUGAUAUUAUCGACACGAAAAGAAUUUACUUCGUGAAUGACGUGGUUCAUCUCGAUGUAGAGAAAAAAAACUUUUAGUUGAACACUUUUUCAGGAAUGUUUGAAAAUGAAGACAUCUGGUGCCAAGAGACUCGAAGUUACCACGAGCGACAACGGUUUUUAUAAAUAAAGAUUUCAGUCUAAAGAGCUAUUCCAACAGAUUGGAAGACUUUUAUUGUUCCUACCGCCAGUAAUGGGCUUCUUUUACACUUCAUUUACGAUAUGGACGCUUGUAAACAGGUUAUUUUUUUCUUUAUUCUUUUUUUUCAUUCUUCUCCUUUUAACGCUUUGUACCGCUUGAGCGGCGUCGGCGCCCUAAGUCGAUUAGCCAAGGUAUCCUGAUAUCCUGAUAUCAGUGAUCACCAAUAGACGGCUGAGGAUUUUGAAGUCGCGGUUUUCCCAGUACCAGCAUUUUUAAACCCUUUUGUUCGGGUCGCGGUGGACUUGUGACCCUGUGGACCGUUGACAGACCCGCAACCUGUUUUCCUACGGCGCACCGCAACUUAUUCUUCAUACUCUUUACAUGCAUUUUAGGUGACACUCGAAAAACUUGAAAGAACUGCCCUGAAGUUUGGUGGAUCGUGUCCUACUCUCGUAUGCAAGACCUUUACCGAAGUAAAUUGAAUCCAAGAUACAAAACGGACUUCAAAUAUUCAGACAACACACGAAGAAAUUUACAUACCGACAUGGAACUUCGAGCAAAUGAACUCUUUGAACAUUGGUUCUCACUUCGCCGUGAGUUCGUAAUUGAAUGAAAACCGAAAUUCUAAAAAUUCAAGGCGUGCUUCGACAUGAACGCCAUCUUUUAUCUCGGCGGCUUCGGCGACCUGGCUCCAGAAGAUGCGUCCCCAUCUUGCGCCUCCCAGUCCGGCCAACUUUCCAAUAUACAACACUUCGACGUUUUGUCCAUACUGAACGCUCCCGAGUCUUCAGCCCACGGGUGAGUUCUCUUCUUCCGAAACUUUCUUUCACAUCUGUUUUCAGAGCCGGAGAACGAGAAACAAAGAAGGAUUCCCACGGAACGACGGCUCCGACGCAUGGGACGAGGAAGGAGUCGCCAGAACUGCACGUCGUCUCCGGAGAACAAACAGAAGUCGUUUCGUCGCCUUAUGUCAUCAUGUUGUGGGAUACUGUCAGUGCCACUCCUGUCUACUUCGCGAGGAUAAGUUCUACGACAAAAAAUCAGAGCAAGGAAGUCAAGGAACGCAAGAAAUUAAGAGAAAAAUGUAUCGUUAUGUGA